AUGGCUGAAGUCCCUGCUGUCGGCUGGCCCUGCUCCUCCUGCACCUUCGUCAACACCGACCUCAGACGGCGCACCUGCGCGGCCUGCCGCACGCGACGCGCGGCGCCGCCGCCGACGAAACCGCGCACGAAGCGCAAGGCCGAGGCGCCGGCGAACACCUGCGGCGGCUACGCGGCGCGGCUCAGCGACUACAAGCACAAGGGCGUGACGGGGCUCCCCGAGACCGAGGACGCGCCGGCCGUGCUCGAGGCCAAGCUCGCGCAACUCAUUGACAUGGUGCGCGCCGCCGAGCGCGUCGUCGUCCUGACGGGCGCCGGCGUGUCGACGAGCGCGGGGCUGCCCGACUUCCGCGGGCCGAAGGGCAUCUGGACGCUCGAGGACGAGGCCAAGAAGAAGAAACGGAAAAAGGCGCGGCCGCCGGACCUGGCGUCGAUCUCGGGCGCCUCCUUCGAGACCGUGCGGCCGACGUUCACGCACGACGCGCUCGUCGCGCUCGAGCGGGCCGGGUCCCUGGACUUCCUCGCGACGCAGAACGUCGACGGGCUGCACCGCCGGUCGGGCUUCCCGCGGAACAAGCUGGGCGUGCUGCACGGCUGCGUCUUCACGGAGAAGUGCGAGACGUGCGGCACGGAGGCGUUCCACGACGUCGAUUUGGGCGGCGUGUCGUUCCAGCCGACGGGGAACGCGUGCGGCACGUGCGGCGGCGUCAUGCGGGACACGGUGCUCGACUGGGACGACGGCCUGCCGCCCGCGGAGUGGGGCCCCGCGGAGCGCGCGUUCGGCGCCGCGGACGUCUGCCUGGCCCUGGGCACGUCGCUGCGCAUCAUCCCGGCGGCGGACAUGCCGGCGCUGGCCGACAGGUUCGUGAUCGUCAACCUGCAGGAUACGCCGCACGACGGGGCCGCCGCGCUCGUCGUCCGCGCGCGCGUCGACGCGGUCAUGGAGCGCCUCUGCGCGGCGCUCGGCGUGGAGGUGCCCCGCGGGGGCGCCCCGGCUCCCGCCGCCGCGCCGCCGCCGGCCGGGUAA